AGGGAAUUGAAACUGAUUGAUAGGCGCCUGUUUCUCUCUUCUCUUUGCUUCUUUUUUCCCGCUCGGGUGGUUUCAUGGAUUCAAUUGCAGCAGCCGUAGCCACAGUCUCUCUUGAACAAGAGGAUUGGGAGCUUUGCAACGACGAUGGAUUCGUCUACAAGCGGAAGAGGCGUCGAUUGGACCCUGCGGAAGCUGUGGCAGCUCGCUCGUCGGUGGCUCAGGCGGCGGACCUUGAGGCGGAGGAGAAUCGGCGGCGAGAGCGCAGGAGGAAGACGUUGUUGAAAGUUAGGGCGAAGUACCGGAAAGAGAUUGAACAGUGGGAGGUUUUGUCGAGCAACUUGCGGGCGAUGGAGGAGAGGGCUCGGAAGCUACAGGAACAGUACCGACAGGAAGGGGAAGUAGGUAUGGCGUCGCUUCUGGAGGCUUCCUCGUUGACUGUAGUUCAGCACAAGGAGCUUUCGUGCGCGUCGAUGGUGGAAGAUCUUCUCUCUCAGGUAGAAGCUCAGGAAGCCAUCAUUCGUAAUGUUUCAAAGCUUUGUGAUAUAGCUGAAGCAUUGUGCAUGACGGAAGAAAACCAAUUGAAACAGCGUCUAAUUGAUCUUCCCAUCUGGGCUUCACCACGUGAGCUCAUGGCCUCACUGUGCGACGAGUAACGAUUCGAGCAUUGAAGAGAAACAGGAGCCAAGGACCUUCCAUUUGUAAGAUCUUACUAUGAAUCUUAUGAAAUCACUAAAGUGUAGCCUAGUUGUGAAGAUCACGUUCUUUGUUACAGUAGAUAGCAAACUCUUAUGCUUGUAGACUUAGUUCAUUGUCGAUAUUAAAAGGAAUUUAGUGAUCUUAGUUUUAUAGAAAUGUCGAUGUUCGUGUCAUGAAUAUUUUAUUUUGUGGGUGUUAUUGGUCUGCCUUGUGCUUCCUCUCUAUGAUUCUUGAUGUUGCUUUAAGUUGUAAAUAUAGGGUGUUCCAGUAUACAGGCUUGCUUAGGCACGCUAUUGCAAGGAAGGCUGACAGCCAUAUCAGUUAGUUAAACACAAAAGGGUUCAAGAUUUAUUUACAACCACUAUGAUCAGUUAAUUUCUCAUUAUCUAUUUCUCAACAGAGCUCAGAAACAGUACAUGCCAAGAUUCUUGAUUGUUAGACAGAUGGGUGCCAUGGCAGCAAUCCCAAAUUCUGUUACAUUUCCUGGAUUGGCUUAUUGGGUAUUCUCAUAGAACUACAACUAAAGUCAAGCUGUGCUUUUUUAGGGGUUUCUUCUAUAUUGGAUCAGUAACACUUGUUAAAGCAGAAGAAGGAGCUUUUAGGGGUUUCUUCUAUCAUGCCGUGUGAGGCUUCCCCUGAGCCAUGUCGGACAGCCAUCAAGGAAUCUGUACCGGGAGAUUCAGGUGGCAUCACGACAUUUUCAGAAACACAUAUCCGAGGCGGGAUUACGGGUUCUCGAGGUGAUAUUCUAGCAAGGGACUGCAAUAGCAUCUGUAUAAUCUGGCUAAAGUUUGGCCUUGUAUUUGGAUCCUCACUCCAACAUGAUGUCACUAAUAAAGCUAAGUCCUCUGGAAGGUUUUCAGCACUAGGCCUCAUGUUCUGAAAACAACAAAGCUAUGAAUUCAAAACAGGAUAUUUGGAAGGCUACAAGAUUGUUCAUUUGCAUACAAUUGGCUGUAAGUACUUAUCUAGUCGUGCAUUUCAUGUAAAAAGCUUCAAAUUGUUGUAGAAACAGUUCUUCAAUCAAAUUACAAGUGGAUUAUAGCCAAUUGUACUCA